AUGGUGUUUCAGUAUAAGCGUGUUCUCCUUGUCGGCGCCACCGCUGGCAUCGGCGCUGCCAUGGCAGACAAGCUCAUCGAAGAAGGAUCCAAAGUCAUUGCCGUUGGCCGUCGCCAGGAGCGGCUUGAUGCCUUUGUGGCCAAGCACGGCGCGGAGCGUGCCAGUGCCAUCCGGUUUGAUGUCACCGACAGGGCUGGUCUCGACGCUUUUGUCAACAAGGUUGUCCAGACGUACCCCGACUUGGACUGUGUCUUCCUCAACUCGGGCACCCAGACCCAAGCCAAACUUACUCGCCCACAAGAAAUCGAUCUUGAAGCUUUCCACCAUGAGUUCAAUGUCAACUACACGUCAGUCGUGAACCUCACCAUCAAGUUUCUGCCUCAUCUCCAGAAGAAGGAUUACCCCACCAGCAUCAUCGUCACAGGGUCCAUCUUGGGCCUGAUUCCCGCCUUUGUGAUGCCAGCGUAUAGUGCCUCUAAGGCUGCGCUCCGAGCCUUUUUCGAUUGCCUUAGACGACAGAACCAAGGCUUCUCAAAGGUCAAGUUUAUUGAGCUGUUGCCUCCAGCUGUACAAACUGAACUGCAUGAUUACAUGGGCAUUGAGCGUGGCCGUGCUCUGGGCAUGCCUCUCGACCAGUUCACUGAGCAAGCAUACGCCCAGCUUGCGACAGAUAAGGAGAUAAUCAUCAUCGGAAACCUUCAUGGCUCUACCGUGGAAGCUACGCAGGAGUUUUUGGAGAAGAGGGGCGGCAUGUUCAAUGCCAUUUCCGACGCCAUGGCAGUUCAUUUCCAGCCCUAA